GCGCAGGGUGCGUUCAUUGCUUUUUUAAAUGGAAGGAAAGGUACCAAUCGAACAACAAAUUGCAAAUCGAUCGAGAUAAAGGGAAUUAGUAAUAGAAACUACUUUGCUCUGCAUUCGAGAUUCUUUCUGCCGAAACCCAGAAAAUAUCGAAGAACGAAAGGCAAAAAAACUCGAAAAGAAUGGAUGCAGAAACCCAACAAAGAGUCGAGGAAACGGUGUUGGAAAUUUUGAACAAUUCAAAUAUGGAAGAAACAACGGAGUACAAGAUCCGAAAGUCCGCAUCCGAUAAGCUGGGAAUCGAUCUGUCCGACCCGACUUGGAAGAAGUUCAUUAGGCAGGUAGUGGAGUCGUACCUUCAGGAACAACAGGCUAAAGCAGAACAACAGGAGGAGGAGGAGGAGGAGGAAGAGGAAGAGGAAGAAGAAAAUAAUAGGAAAAGAGGCGAAAAAGAUGAUGACGAGGGUGGCCUGAUUAUUUGCCGAUUAUCUGAUAAGAGAAGGGUGACAAUAUCUGAUUUUAGAGGGAAAACUUUGGUAUCAAUUAGGGAAUAUUACAAGAGAGAUGGCAAGGAGCUUCCAACAGCUAAAGGAAUUAGCCUGACAACUGAGCAGUGGUCAUCCUUCAAGAAAAAUGUACCGGCAAUAGAGAAGGCCAUCAAGAAAAUGGAAUCUUGGUGAAACUUGAAUAUGGCAGGCCAGUUGAUUCUAGACAUGUUUGGAAAAUCGGUCAUUUUAGAAUAUUGAAACCUUCUUUUGGCUCCGUUUUUGGGGGUUUCGAAACUGAUCGUUUGGAUCUUGCCCGUCAUCUGGUUUUUUGUUAUGUAAUAUGCAUUGCAACCAUUAUCUAUACAUCAUCUUCGUCAUGAUGCUCUCAAUAGUAUGCCUUACUGUAUCACGCCUAAACCUUUACUACUAAAUGUCGACUGCCACUUCUUUGGAGUUACUGGUUUUCGCUAUUUUAGUU